AUUACUUUUAAUUAUUGUAUAGAAUGUAAGUAUAAUAAUAAAGAUUUUUUUUAGCAGAAGGGUUGAUUACGGCUCUUUAGAUAUGUGAGUCGGCUCACCUAAAAGAGUCGACUCGUUCGCGAGCGACCAGCAGGGCUAUCACACUAUAAAGGAGAUUUCUCACAGCGAUUGAACCCGUUCCCGUUUCACCCGGAAUGGUCUUGUUUAGGUUUGGGGUUGUGUUGACCCCUGAACGCUCGGAUAUCGAGGUGUUUGUAUCGGGAUCCCGUCCGGAGCUCGGGCACUGGGACGCUGGGAAUGCGGUACCGAUGAAGCCGACGCGGACGCUGGCGUCCGGCUGCGACCCCUGCCUUUGGCUCGGGGAAGUGCGGCUCACCGAGUCGUACACACACACGUUCUGGUUCAAGUUCCUUAAGCGGCUUGACGGGAACUAUAUUUGGGAAGGUAAUGGCCCACAUCACGAUCGGGAGUGUGUGUAUGACCAAAGUGACAUGGUGGACGGGGUGUACUGUCACCCGAUCGGUCACUGGAUCGAGGUGAGCGGCCACACGGACGAGAUGAGGCACACGACAAACUUCUACUUCAGCGUCGCUGGACAACAGGCCAUGCACUUUUCCAAGAUCCUGCCACGGAUUUGGCUAGGCAGUUGCCCUCGGCGAGUUGAGCACGUCACCCUGAAGCUGAAGCACGAGCUGGGCGUCACGGCCGUGAUGAACUUCCAGACCGAGUGGGACGUCGUAAGCAACUCGCACGGCUGUCGGCGUGACCCCGACGACCAUAUGACCCCGGAGACCAUGAUGCACCUGUACAGAGACUGUGGUCUGGCUUACGUCUGGAUCCCAACGCCAGACAUGAGCACAGAGGGACGUGUGCGAAUGCUGCCCCAGGCCGUGUACCUGCUCUACGGGCUGUUAGAAAACGGUCACAGUGUGUACGUGCACUGUAACGCGGGCGUCGGUCGCUCCACAGCCGCCGUCUGUGGCCUGCUGAUGUACGUGCUCGGCUGGAGCCUCAGGAAGGUGCAGUACUACAUUACAACCAGGAGGGCGGCGGUAUACAUCGACGAAGAAGCAUUGGUACGAGCACAAGAGGACUUCCUGCUGAAGUUUGGACGUUUACGUCCCUCGGUAUGCUGUUCCGAGAUGCAGACAGGAGGACAAUGUUAGACCUAAAUACAGGAAUGGAUACUUAUGCUAAGAAAACGAUUGUUACGUAUGAAGGAUGAGUACCAGCAUUUUAAGACAGGUUUAUAUUAAAUAUUUUUUAAUUGUA